AUGGCAGACAACAAUAAGAAUAUCGAGAACAAGAAACCCGAGCAGAAACCUCUCAGUGAGGAGGCCCGCGAGGAUCUGCGCCGCAUGACCGCCGGCCUCACAGACCAAACCACCAUCGAGACGCUCUCCCGUGCCGGUAUGAUGGCCAAGAAUAAGAGAGAGCAAUCGCACUUCCAGCGUGAUAAGGCUGUCGCCCGCGUCGAGGCUGCUGAGAAGAAGGAGGGUGAGGCUGAGGAGGACAAGGAUACAGGUGGCGGUGACAAGGAGAAGAACAAGAAGCAGACUUGA